AUCUCGACGAGUAUAUCGCCUUAUGUAUUUGUUAUACCUAGUUUUUGCCGCAUAACACAAAACGAGAAGAAUCACGUAUGUUUUCUCUCUUUCUUUAAAGCUUUCGUCAACCUUAUUUCGAAGUUUUUGAAUUCUUUGAAGUCCUCACAUUACAGUUCUCUUUUCUACGUUUCUGGAGACGAACUCAAUAAGUUCGUGCUACUUCUUCUUGGCUGCGCAGUUCAGAGCGACAAGAAGAAAACGUUCGUCAAUCGGAUCACCAAAUUGGAAAAGUGCGUUCAACAAGGGAUCGCCAAAGAAAUACAGAAGGUACGAAGUACACCUGAAGGAUUCGUUGGUUUUCAAAAAAAAAAUUUUCUCGUUGCAGCGAGUGAACGUGAGAAGCUGCGGGCAGAACGUGAUGAAUCAGUAAUGUCGUUAAUUGAUGCAAGGAAAAAGUUCGCGCAAUUUCAAGCCGAGUUCGGUCGUAAAUUCGAACAUGAGGCUCAGGUUAAGAUGGAGCUUGAGACCCAAAAAACUCAAAGACUCCGUGAAGACCUGGUAUCAGAGAAGUCCAAGGGGGCGGAGUUAGUGAGUAGGUUGCGAAGCGUUUGCUCUGCGAUUGCGCUCAAUGGAGGGAAAAUUGAGUCGCGAAUGAGUGACAACGAGUUGAUCGAUUCUAUAGAUGACGUCAUCAUGGCGGCUCUGACUACCGCUAAGCGCGAAGCUGAUGCGCUGCGGUUGCAGCAACACACGCAAAUCGCCGAAUUGAAUGACUUGAAAAGCGACAUCGAAAAGCUGAGAAGAAGUGAGAGCGUCUCGUUGAACGAGAGCGAUGACCGCGUCCGCGAGCUCUCGAAAGAGAACGUCGCCUUGAAGGAGCAGGUAUUUCUCGUACAAGAAAAAGUUCGAGAACAACAAGUGGAAAUCGCGGCGAAGAAUAGCGAAAUCCUUGCAGCGAAGCGUAGAAUCGAGGAGCUUAAUCGUAAUGCUACUGCUGCAUCAGCGUCGAACACCGAAUUGGCUAGGCUUCAAGUUUCUCUCCGAAACGCGCAGCUGCAAGUAAGCUCUUCGAUGCACCAGGCACUUCUCAGUGAUCACGAUCGUCUCCAGAAUCUCCACGAUCUUCUAACGCACGACUACGAGAGGACACGGCAGGAGAACGCCGACAUGAAGACUAAACUCAAACUCCAACAACGGGUCAGAUUACGCUUUCGAUAUAUCUCAUCCUCUUCACAGUCGCUCAUUAUUCCUCUUAGUAUUUUGUUCAUCCUGCUUCUCUCAUUCUGCAACUCACAACACCCACAACUGCUAACAAAGGUUAAUCGUGUGUACGAAGAGGAAAAUAAGAAUCUUGGACGGCAGGUGGUUUGUACAGAAAAGUGGAAGUGCGCGAGUUUUUCUUUUGAUAAAUUUCACAUUCAGGAACGCUUAUCCGCCCUUCAACGUCACAAAGAGAAGUUAGAGGAAAAAAUCAUGGAUCAAUAUCGAUCUAUGGAGAGUAAGAAGGUGACCGAACGACAAAAGCAGCCAUUAGUGAAACGUGCGGCGAAGGCUUUAAUCAACCGACGUCGUCCUCCAGUGCCGAGCGGUGGUGGUUCGACGACCGAGGACAGCAGUGUAUAUAGCGCCGACGAAGGAUCACCUCCACUCACGAACGGUAAAUGCGUCCCCGAACACAGCACGGCCAGCACGCUAGUCGCACGUCCGUCGAAGACGACACACACAUCGGCAGCACCACGUCCAUCAGCUCCAGCACCGGUCCUGACACUCAGUGCACAGCAUGGUCGAUCGUCCCUUCGUCUGCCGUCCUUCAAAAAACGGCCGACGUUUCGGGAUGACACCUUUCAAGGCGCUUACAGCAAUCCAAAUGUAAAAAAAAUGAUCGACGUUCAAUAUGUGCCUUAUGAAAAUUAG